CGCCCUCGAGCCCAAAUCCUAUCUCUCUCUCUCGCCGACGUCCAUCACCAUGUCCUCCGCCAUCCUCCGCACCCAGACCCUCCGCGCCUCCGUCCGCGCCGCGCCCGCCGCCGCCCGUGUCGCUCGUGUGCACCCGCGCACGUACGCGACCAUCCCCGACCCUACCAACCCCACAGAUGGGCCCAAGCCCAAUGACAUCCCCACCCCUUCGGGCGGAGGCGGCAACACGCUGCUCAUCGCUGCUGCUGUGGCCGCGGCCGCGGGCGGAGGUUACUACUACUACAGCCAGAGCGAAGACCCCCAUGCGCAGCGCAUCGCCGACCAGGAGCGCGUGAAGCAGAAGGCGGACGAGCUCCGCAACGCCGGCAAGGCAACUGCACACGACGCCGUCCGCGAGGGCGAGGCGAAAUACGACCAGACCAAGGCGGCCGGCAAGGAUAAGCUUGCGUCCGCACGUGCACAGGCCGCAGCGACGGCCGACGAUGCGCGGAACACUGCGGUGCGCCAGUAUGAGCAGGCGAAGGGCGCCGUGUCGGAUGCUGCGCACAAGGUCGAGCACAAGUACGAAGACGCGGUGCAGAAGACGAAGGUCGAGGCGCAGUCCUGGAACCAGUGGGUCUGGAGCUGGUUCGGGUACGGCAAGAACAAGGCGGACGACGCGAAGCGCGAGGGUGCACAGAAGGUUGUCGAAGGCGCACAGAAGGUCGAGAAGGAGGCUGGAAAGCACACAUGAGCGUUCUGGACCUCUUCUUGGGUUGACGGACUUGUUGAGCUGGAAGGGAAGGAGCUGUUGCUUCCUGCCGCUUGUAAAACAUGCGUAUGUGUAUAGCGUUAAUGUAAUCCCACCACCAUCUGGUCGAAUUCAUGCGUGCCAUGUAAGAAG